CCCUUAUCAACUCGUUCAACCGUUUUGCGCGUUUGGUGAAGCAGCAAGCUAACGGAAAAAAGGAUCAUCGUUCGCAAAAAAAUAUUGAACAAAACCAAGAAUGAUUCCAGAACUUCAGGAAGCGAUAAAACUUGCGCAAGAAAAUUUAUACAGAGGAUUUAUAUCCUCAAAGAGAAGCAGCAUAGAUUGGUUGAAUACCGUUUGUGGGGAUUUUCAUAAAUUAUUUCGAGUUCUACAUAAAUACCUGGCAUUCGAGGUGUAUAACAAUGUAGCAUUCAUGGAAAUGGCUUUUCUCUGCUUGUCGCAAAUUGUCAUUUGCAUCAGGAGCCUGGAGCGAACGCUGGUAACUGAGCAGGACCAGAAGUGCAUUUUGUCGGCCACUCGUCAAUGUUUUCUGGACCGGAUAAUUUGGUGUUUAACGAAGCUUAAAUCCCUCACAGAAGAGCAAAAUCCACCUGCACAGGAAUGCACUACAGAAUCCAAUUUCGUCAGUUUCCUUGACCUGGCACUGAAUUUGGUUGGACCGUUAACGGUUUCGUUUGAGGAUCCUGAACCGAACCACGCCCAGCAGAACGCUGAUGCGACAUCGGAAUGCGCACGAAUUAGAUCAGUGAUUGAGGCACUGAUCACGCAGACGUUUGCUUUCGGCAACGUGCUGGAAGACGGGGAUAGAAACCGACUGACCAACGUUUGUCAGAAAGUGCUGAAAGAAUGCUUUGGGCUGGAGAAAGAAUCGGCACUUGUGGAAGGUCGGCCAAAUGGCCAAAAUAGACGUUUGAAGGCGAGCGUUUUAGAGAGUGCCAUCUACCAACUGGAAACGCAAGUUAACGAUUGCUUGUUGAAGAUAGUUUACGAAACGUUUGCAGAAAUGGAUCGUAAAUUGAUUGGUCAAAUGAGAAAGUUGGUCAAAGAUGGAAUACGAGAGGAGGAAAUCGAUAACAUGACGAACCGGAUUGAUACCAUGGUGGAUAGGAUUAUGCAGAUUGGUUUAUUUGCAAUAUCCUACGCUGAUAACUACAAAGCUGCCUCUGAUAUCCGUAGCUGCUUGGCAUCUAUCGAGGCUCUUGAUUCCUAUCUGAUUCCCUCAUUCUACGUGCCAUGCGAUUACCACUCGAAACUGCUGGAAGAUCACUGGAUGGAAGAGUCAGCUGUUCUUCGCGGUCACGUGCAAAGGAUAAUUGACAGCAAUGCCUUUGCUCUGUGUUUGAUCGAAAUCGUCGACGGUGGAAUCGAUCGGUUGGCCGAGCAGUACGAUCCAACAAUUGCUGAAAAUAUCGUUCGAAAAGCAGAUGUCUUCAAACAGCACAUAGAGAUCAACGCCACUGAUUUGAAUUUAAACCAGUUGGAGUCGUUGAAAAUACAUUUCGAAGAUUUUAAAACAAUGACGCUUGAGUGCAGGGCCAUAGUGAAAUGUUUCGAGUCAGAUUCUUCUAUAGGGGUCGAUCGGAUUUUGAAAAGGUUCCGCAUAUUGCUGAACAAAUUGAGAAAGAUUCAGCUGUCGAUUAGCGCUGGUAAAGUGAAUCAGCCAACUAGGGAAGAGGCAACUGAUGCUGCGACGAAGGAUGUUGCCCAAACCGACGAGGAAAAGGAGGUCGAUCAGAGUGUAAAGGAAUUUUUCUGCAACACUGUUCAGAAACCGUCGACCGGCAGUAUUUUGUAUCGCAGCACAAGGGGAGAGAAAUCCCGACGGGAUUCAACUGUUUCGUUAUUGGAAAUGAAGAGUUUCUCCGACGUAACGGCCCAAUUGCGGAAGCGAGCGGAAACCACCUCGGAUGGGAGUUUUUCCAAGAAGUCACUGCCAGAUCACUUCAGUCGGAGAAAAUUAGUCAAGCGCAAUAGCUUACGUGUGGUGCUGUUCAAACGUCAGCAGUGCAAACAAACGGCGGAGUAUUUCGAGAGUUUCAAAAGCGACAUCGAUUUGCAAAUAACAGAUAUUUUAGAUCAACUGACCGAUUUGUCAAGUACAUUUUCACGAGCCUCAAAUGCAGAGGAGCUAGAUGAUAAAGCAUUGAAAAAGAAUGAAGAAAAAGUAAUUUCAACUGAAGCAAUGACCACACCAAUUGCGAGGAAGUCUAUCACCAAGGAGGAGAUAGCGAUCCAUGAUGACAACAGGAUUAGUAUAAAUAUAACUACUGAUAUAUAAAUUUUAAAUUUAUAUUAAGUGAUCAUUAUGUACAUAAAGUUUGGUGUAUGGUUUCUACUUAUAUGGAUUGCGUCCACUGAAAAUCUCGAUUUGAUUAAAUCUUUAAAGUU